AUGACGUCCUCAACCUUCGGACCCGGCUGCCGUGCACCUUUCUUCACCACUCGCAUCGGAGCUUCCGUUGUGAGCCAUGAACCUCAAGAUCCACGAGCAAAGCGGGGCCCUGCACAGAUCCGCAAUGAUCCAGGGGCACGCUUCAAGGAUAGCUAUGCGCAGUUUGCAAAGCACUUGAACCAAUGGCUGCGGCAGUUCCCACUGGAUGGCACGAAUGGGCCUGAUCUUUGCGCAUCAGAGGACAUUGAGGACGCCUCACACCCAGCCAGACGUGAGUUGCAACGCUUGUUGAAGCGGAUUAGUGAUCGAGCUGGGCUUUCGGACAAAGAUGCCGACAUAGUCAAGGUGGAGACGAUCUUCAUAGAGAGGCUCAAGGAGCGCGAAGUGGAACUUCAACGUUUGAAGUAUGAGCACCACGACGCGGAUGCCAAGAACACCCAGCUUAGAAAUGCACUGAGGGCAAGCGCCAGUGCGCUGCAACACGCAGCAACACUGAUGCCUCCUGACAUUGGCAUUGACAUACAGGAGGAUGAGUACCUGAACCAAAUUCAAGAGCUACAACGCCAAGUGGUUGACAAGGACAACAGGAUCCUGGAGUUGUUGAAAGGCACUACCAAUGCUCAGUCAUUGGCUGCUAGGAUCUCGGGGGCCCAAAGUGACCCCUUCACUUUCCGAUGUCCCAUGACCAUUUUUCAACGUAUGGCCGCUGCUGCGCUGGUGGGGCGGAAAGCUGCAGGUGAUUGCUGCAAGAGCUAUGAUGCUGUGCCAAUGCUUUGGCCAUACCAGUUUCCCGAAUGCGGCCGAAGUUGGUGUCCCUCUUGCUGGAACAGCAGUGAUGUGAAGUCGCUGCCAGUUCACACCUUUGCGGCCUUGGGAUAUGCAGCCUCCUUGGCUGUGAGCAGUCCCAAGGCUUUAAAGCCUCAGGGCACCGAGCGGCGCUUGGACAUCACGAGGCACGCUGGAAUUGCUUCCAACAAAAUGCUCGCCAGAGCGAAGCAUGGCUUCCGGGAACGUGUGGUAGAUCUUUGCCCACGUAUCAAUGAUUGGGAGGAGUAUUACCUGAAUGAUGAUGCAGAGAAUGUCCAUGCACGAGUCUACAAGUCUUCUCAAGCACAGGUGGCCGUGGUGUCCUUUCGUGGGACGCAGGCCACCUCUGCACAGAAUUGGGAGAUUGACUCCGACAUCAUCAUGCUUCCAGUAGAGCUUGGAGCUCCCGGACAGCACAAAGCAGCAUCCUCCACUGCCAACGUCCAUGAGGGCUUCUAUCUUGAGCUGCAACGAGUGCUGCCACACGUGCGCAAGUGGGUAGAGGGAUACAUCGAGGGCACUAAGGGCCUGUUUGGCAUCCCCAGCUACUGGAAGCUUGUUUUCACUGGUCACAGUUUGGGCGCAGCGCUGGCUAUCCUUGCCGCCACCUUGGCAGAGGCAGAGGGCUGGGCACGCACACCGGAUGCAGUGGUGGCGUUCGGCGCCCCACGCCUGGCAGAUCAAGCUCUUAGUGACUGGUGGGAAUCUCGAGAUUUGUGUGGAAAGAUUCUGAGAGUCGCGGUGCAGAACGAUGUCAUCACCUGGAUGCCUUUUGUGGAACCACUUCAACUGAUGGAUAUUGUGAGCUACUGCUUGGAGAACCCCAUGAGCUGCCUUGGUCAACUGGCCAAUGGCCCCAAGUCCUUGCACCCGAGCGAGAGAUGGGCCCACGUUUGUCCGAAGAGUGAGCUGCUUGUGCCUGGCGCCAUGAAGGGAAUCAACUCACAGAUGAAGGACUUCUCUUUGCUUGGUGGUGCGCUUGCACACUUGAUCGGAAAUGCCCUCUUCGGAUAUGCAUUUGGGGUGAUGAACAGCGACAUCCCUCGGCACGAUGCGUACUGUGGCCUGCGUCACGAGCUUUUCCCCGCACCCAACUGCACGGCCACGGAAGAUCUGGAGGAUGUAGUUUGCUUUGGACUCAGCCAUGAUCCUAAUGGAACUUCUUCAAAAACCUGCCACAAGAAUUGCUGUGAUGACGAAUACUGCAGCGUUUGGCAAUUCAUGCGGAACGGGCAAUGCUGGCGGGGUCGCAGCCACCAGUGCACAAGUCUUCAUCCCUAUGCGGCAGAAGUGCUCGCAGGGCAGAGAGUGCAUUGA